AUGGCGUCGUUGAGGGACAUGCUUUUGAACCAGGAGCUAGCGGCGGAUGAGUAUGGGAGGUUCGAAAGGUACACCCCGAGCUCUGCCCAUGGUUUUUCCCACUUCCAGCAAGCUGACAGCCCUCCGACCGGAGUCCCCGACACGGGAUCGCUCGUUUCCGGCUUCGGUAUGCCUCCCUCAACCUUCAUCAUGCCGGAGGGGACCCACACCGCCGCAGGUUAUGGCGCUGAGGCCGUCCCCGUGGAGAUCCCCGUGGUCCGGCGACAAAGAUCUGCCUCCAGGAACACUCCGGCGUCGUACAGAGGACCGUGGACCGAGGAAGAGGACGAACUUCUCAAGAGAUUGGUGCACGAGCACGGAGAGCAUAAGUGGGCGAUCAUUUCGGAGCACCUCCCGCCACGGAUCGGCAAGCAGUGCCGUGAGCGAUGGACAAAUCAACUGCGCCCCGGCAUCAAGAAGGAGCACAUCUGGACUGAGGCGGACGACAUACUGCUGAUCGACGCGCACAAGGUCCACGGAAACCGUUGGUCGUCGAUCGCGAGGUGCCUGCCCGGCCGGUCGGAGAACGCCGUCAAGAAUCACUGGAACGCGACAAGGCGGAGCCUCAAGUCCAAGCGCCGGUUCAAGAAGACGAGCCAACAGGCCGCCCCGGGCCAGUUCACCCUCCUCGAGGAGUACAUCCGCGACAAAAUGAUGGCUGACGAGAACGUGGCGCCACAGUCUCCAUCGGCCGGCGUCGCGUAUGAUGGCCAGGUCGUUCCAGGUGCCGCUGCAAUGCUCGCCGUCUCCAGCCCACACGGGAUGGGUCAGUACCUCCACCCAGCCAACGCCUACGGCGGCGAGAUGCAGGAGCGAUACUACUAUCCGCCCCACAGCAACAGCAACAACAUGCUGCACCAUGGACAAGAGCCGGCAUUUCAGGAGAUGUUUAGUGCACAGGGACGCAUGCAUUCUGCAUGCACGAACCUGAACUUGUUCCCGCCCCCCCAGCACCUCAGUGGCGGCUACUACGACAGCGAGACGGGCUGCAGCAGCGCCGGUGGCAACGGCGAUCUGGACGAAGACGUGGUCGAGAUGGCCUCCAGGGAGUUCCAGACGUCCGAGGCGGAGGCCACACUGGACCUCACUAGCUUCAACUGA